GACCGGCGCUCUUUGAAGGAUGAAAUCUCAACAGUUAUUGGUUCAUCAGAACGGACGUCACACGAUUCUCUGCUCUUAUUGGUUAGUUUACACGUCACUCACUGUCAGAUGCCAGAAAAAUAUUCGCUCUGCAACUUGCGUCGCUGUUGCUGCAUGACGACCGUCGCCAAUAGGACAAACAAGCGGGGUAAACAUGCUGAAAGCUAAAGCUGCGCUGUGAGCCAAAGGUCACCAUGGAGACGGAAGUUGCGCUUGCGCAGUGCGCUAAUGAUAGCGCUGAGACCUGCACCGUGUCUGUCAAAGGUCUAACAGAGAACUGGCAGAAGUGGUCUAAUGAUCACUGUGAAAACCAGAAACACAACCCCUUUAGCAACGGCAGGGUGGUGCCUCCUGGCAUCCAGCGAGGACAGGAGGGCUACGGCAAGCCUUUAGAAGGCUCCAGAACAGAGCAGAGAGGGAAAGAUGCCCACUCUCAUAUUAGCAGAGAGGUCACAGAGCUCUGCCAGGUGAUCAGAGACAUUGGGGUGAAUGGAGAGAAUGGCAGGCCCGCUGUGCGUUUUGAUGCACUGUUCGAACACUACGUUACAAUUUCUAAUAAAGUAGUGGGAGUUCUGCUGCGUGCACGCAAACAAGGGUUUGUGCACUUUGAGGGUGAGAUGCUAUGGCAGGGGAGAGAUGAUGGAGUGGUCAUUACCUUGUUACAGUGAUUUACUGUACAGCAAUAACAAGCAACACAUACCUGCCUGCCAAAGUGUAUAUUACUGUCAAACUUUGCAUUAUGGGGAGGUCACAAGCUGUAUUUCUUGCACCAGUCACAUUAGUUUGCCAUCACUAUGCAGACCUUUAAAAGCACAAAUAUUGUAACCUCUUAAAAAUGUUUUUUAUUUGUAAUAAAUUGCAUUAUACUGUAAGAUAAAUUUGCACAGAAUGUACUGUAUAUAGCAUACAUGCUUUUCUGUAUGGAAAAAAAUAAA